CAGAGGCACGAGAGAGGGAUUAUGGAAAAAGUGCAGAAUUCAGCUGGUGGAUCCUGCUGUACUGCGGGUCGCAGCACAUCCAGUACACCACCUUCUGCUGGAGUCAGUCAUGUGCUGAGAUUUGGAGUUGUGGCCCUUAUCGCUGGUGCAGCGUUCAUCUUGUGCAUGUUUGUGGUUUUUCUCCACAUGUGGAAAGCCAGUGAUAAAAAUGUUUACAGCGUUCGCUACAGCCUGAACAUCAAUGGGAAGGUGAGAGAGGGCUCCAUGAAAAUUGAUUCUGACAACAAUCUGCAGAGAUUUCAAACUGGGAGUGAAGCUGGGGAGGCUGUGGAGAUUCAUGACUUUCAAAUUGGAAUAACUGGAAUCCGCUUCUUCGGAGGAGACAAGUGCUAUAUAAAAUCCCAAAUCAAAGCAAACCUCUCGCUCGUGGGAGCACACAACAAAGACACGCUGAUGUUUGACCUGACGGAUGAAUUAAUGCCUGUGAGGUUCGAUGAGGAGUUCCUUAUAUGGGUUGCAGCAAAGCAGCCACUGAAGAACACCACAUUUUUGAGCAACAGAAUUCUGGAUCUUUGUGGGGAACUUCCCGUUUUUUGGCUCCAACCUCUUUAUCUCAAAGUAACAGAUGGGGAGAGGAGAAAGAGAGGCGUGCGACGAGCCAAACGGCAGUUAGACAUGCAGGACAUCAAGGCGUCCACUCAGGAUAGGGACCCGGAGAGGCGCGGUGAGCAGGAAGCUGUGGAUGAAGGACAGUCAACUAUGGGGUCAGGAUACAAUCCGGAAAACCCCUACCAUCGCAGCGGAGAGGCCAGAGAGGAGAGCACCAUGACCUUUGAUAGCAUGCUGGACCACCAGGGAAUCUGCUGCUCAGAAUGCCAGCGCAGCUACACUCACUGUCAGAGAGUUUGUGAGCCUCUGCGUGGCUACUGGCCUUGGCCCUACAACUACCGGGGGUGCCAGGUGGCCUGUCGAGUGAUCAUGCCUUGUCGCUGGUGGGUGGCACGCAUCCUGGGUGUUGUGUAGCCUUCUUGUUUGGAAAGAAAAGUGUCAUUUUUUUUUUUUCCAUCGCCAAAGAUCUUAAACCUUACUGCUUUUCUGAACUACUCUUGACAACGCAACUUGCAUAAUGUGAAAAAAAUUUUCAGUAAAUGUCAGAAAUCUCUGCUUCCCUAGAGAUACUUUUCCUAUUUUGUUCUGCAAAAUUUGAAUACGUACUGUAGAUGCAACUCCAGAAUCACAAAUAAUCGCAUCUUUUCAUGGCCCCAUGCUAAAGCUGUAGUGUACUGUAUUGUGUUUCAUAGAAAGGCUUGGGACCAAAUCCAGAAUGCUCAGCAGAUCAUGCCCCUUUUUCUGACUGAGGAAGCUUUCA